AGGGAAGGUUGUUUGGCUCAGACAUUGCUGGACAUUCGUUUCCAUUGUUCAGCCAUGAAGCUGAAAGCCAGCGUGUCCUCCUCGCGGCGAAAGAACCGUAAGGCGCACUUCACAGCGCCCUCCCAUAUCCGCCGCAAGAUCAUGAGUGCCCCUUUGAGCAAGGACCUCCGCAACAAGUAUUCCGUGCGAGCUGUGCCAAUUCGGCGUGAUGACGAGGUUGUGAUUGUCAGGGGCCACUUUCAUGACCGUGAGGGCAAGGUGACCCAGGUGUACCGCAAGAAGUUCUGCAUCCAUGUGGAGCGAGUGACACGGGACAAGGCAAAUGGCCAGACUGUGCCCAUUCCUAUUCAUCCAUCCAAGGUGAUGAUUACCAAGCUCAAGUUGGACAAGGACAGAAAAGCACUGCUUGACCGCAAGAGUGGGGCCAGCAAGAAGGGCAAGUACACCGAGAAGGACACAGCGUAGACCAGAAGCAAUGAAGAGACGAUUGAAUUACUCGGCCAGACAAAUUUCUAGAAAAA